AGGGGCGUGGCGAUGAGAACGGGGAGAGCUGGGGCUGGAAAGGUGCAGGGCGUGAUGGCAAAUGUCUGCUUUAUUGAUCGCUCAAGCCGCAUCCGAAGGGAAAGGGAAAUCUGCUAAGUAGUAAAAGCCACUAUACGCAGGGUUAGGUUUGUAUUCUGGAUUGCACAGCAGGCAGAAAUUCAACAGGUUUCUUCAGCCUGUCCCUCCCUUUGUGGGAGAGAUGGUGGUGGAAGUAUGUGGCUUCUUUGGGGUAUAUCUACUAUACUGCACCAACCCCCGUUAUCAGGGGCGGAUCUACAUUGGCUUCACUGUCAACCCCGAACGACGCAUAGAUCAACACAAUGCUGGGAAACGAUGUGGUGGGGCCUGGAAGACAAGUGGACGUGGGCCAUGGGACAUGGUGUUGAUCGUUCAUGGUUUCCCCUCUGAUGUGGCUGCUUUGCGUUUUGAAUGGGCCUGGCAACACCCUCACUCGUCCCGCCGUCUCACCCAUGUCACCCGCCGCAAAACACGGGAGCGUCAGUUUGACUUCCACUUACGUGUCUUAGCCCACAUGCUGCAAACUGCCCCAUGGUGCCGUCUGCCCCUCACCAUACGAUGGCUCAAACAGGAGUAUCGCCGGGAGUUCCCUCUAGGCUUGGAACCCCCCUUACACAUGCCCAUAGCCUUUGGGCCAGUUCGAGCUGUCAAAGACACUAAGCAUGCUGAACCGUCAUCUCCAGAGGAAAAAGUGGCGACCACAAAACAUUGUAGCAUCUGUCUUAAGACUUUCCAGGAUGGAGAUAAGGACAUUCCCUUGCACUGUUUUCACCCAACUUGUACCAUGGCUGCUCAUAUGUUUUGCCUGUCUCAUCUUUUCCUGGAAAAGGAGCCUAAUCAUAUCCUGCCCAUUGAAGGACAGUGCCCGGGCUGCAAGAAUCUUAUCCUUUGGGGAGAUCUGAUUCGUCACCAUAAAGGUUGCUAUGAUAACUUAGAGGCUGAUCCCACCUCCUCUCAGAAACAUUGGGCUGAUGAACUGCAACCAUGAAGGAGGAGACCUUUAAAGGAGACCUUUAAAAAGUGACCAAGACCUAUUUCCUUGAGGAGAGUGGAUCAGAGGACCUCAACAUGGUGCACAGUUCAGCUUCUCUUAGUCUGAUGUCCAAAAGUCUAGAAAACAGCUGAGAAGGGCUGGAUUCUCUGCUCAUAUGUCCCACCCCAGAAUCAUGUAAUAAACAAUAUUUAAUAUUCAUUAAGUGGAAUAAUUAAAUUGAAGGACCAUAGUCAUGCUGGAUGUUUAUGGAUUGUGAGGCAGGAAUGCUUGGGAAGUGCACAGAAUCAUUAACUUAGAUGAGAAGAACUAGUUCCAAGUUUCCAUUUCCAAAAUUUCUGGCUGCAAAGUAUGUAAGUUUGGUGUUUUAGACUGAAAGAGUCAGUAAACUUAAAAUGAAUAUGUAAAUAAUAUAGCUAUUUGUUUUAUACUGUACCUAUAGCACACUGAAUGCUUAAAUGGAUUGUAAAAAAGACACUCUGAAGUGCAGAGAGAUUCUUCAGAUAACACAUUUCUGAUUUUAUAUGGCCGUUUUCUCAUUUAUGCAUAGUAUUUAACAAACACUUU